GAGGUGCUGUAUGCUAAUUUCUUAUUUCCCCGAAGGGCUACAACCCUGUGCCAUUGUUUUGGUUUUGAGGUUAGAGACACGAGUUUGCUGUGGAAAUGGGAAAUGUUUGAGUUUUUUUUACACAAUUUAAUGAUAAAAAUAAAGCUGUUAAGAGUAAAUAAGCACCAUUUGUAACUCCCUCCGUUGUUCCCUUUGCAAAAGGGGUUCGGAAAAGUGUACGAAACUGGGGGAACCGCAGCGCGAGACUUUCACAAAUCCACGAGGAUCCUUUUGCAAGGCUUGGAAACCAAUCAACCGGGAGGGCACAGAAAUCUAGGGCCGAGAGUCGGGUGACCCAAAAGGAAACCUUCUGAAGCCGUCAUCAUCACGGCAAGAUUAUCUGCUAUUUGGAUUACGGAUAGUCCAAUCUGAUUGCGCCAUCUCACAUCCGGUCCGGUCGUACUUAGAAAUUCCUUAGCAAAGAACACCACAGAAAAUAGGGACAUGUGGCCUUAGUAGGCGCACCUGAAGACAAAAGAGGUCUACAUCGUCAGGUUAGCUUGCGAGGAACAUCCGUUUUUUUCGUUUUCCAUCUCACGAAUCGAAAGUGUUCGUGAAAUUCGCUCGGGCAGUUGAAAAAGCGAAUUAAAGUUCGCGAGGACACCGCAUCGUUCUUUCGGCACACGAUGGCGUCCACAAUGUACUGUCAGCACACGAUCGACAGUCUCCAACGUUACCUGCACAUUGGAAACGAUGUACCGGUCUUCUUCGAUACCACCCAACCCGUGGACAUGGAGCUGGGAAAGAGGGUGCUGACUCCGGCUGUUCAUCUGCCGCCAUCACCAUGCCCUUCGCCAACACCAGCGACGGUAAACGGAGCUUCAUCAUCCGCGCCCGCAACGAAAAACGUGCGAAAAUCGAAGCCGAAACAACAAAAAUCGAAAAAAGGCGCUCCGGCUACUGCACCAGCAAAAGUACCGGCGACACCUGUGCCACCGGUGUUUGCUGUGAUCAAAAGGACCAUCAAAAAUAAAUCCCUGCGUCGUUUGGACGAGUGCUUGUUUGCCCUGGCGUACUGUGGCCGUGAACUGCCGACCGAUGAGGAGCGUCACUUAGUGUUCGAAGCCCUGCCUGAACUGUUAAGCGGUCCGCGGGAACUGUUCGCUUUUCUUAGCUUCUACACCCGAUUGGCGACCGAGGCCGGGUACGCCGGGUUCGGACAUGGAUUGCGCUGUGCCAUUACGCGUUGGUAUGAUAAGCAUUCGGCGCUGGAACUAGCAGAAAUGAUUGCACUGAGCAAUGGAGCUUUUGGCUGGACUCAUGCCGAUGUCAUUCGAAAGACCCAUCUCAAACUCGAAUGUCCGGUCAAGCGUUCGAUCAUCGACGCUGCUACGAAGCGUGCUAGCCAACAACCGACGCUUCCGUUAAAGAAACUUGACGGAGAGGCCACAAUGGAUGCGGCAUUGGUUCGCUAUCUCGAGCUCAUCGCGAUACGCUCAGUAGCAUCCGAAGGUGAAGUGUUCGAACUCAUUAAACGUCAUGGAUCAAUUACAUACAAUCUGCUACCGCUUAUAUAUCGGCGUUUGUACACUGUAUGGAUGGCACUGUAUCCGCAUCUUUCAUAUCGCGAGCUGCUGGAUGCCAUUCUUCCGAUGCAAGACUUCGAUGUGCCUAUGAUCAUAGACGCACGCGAAGCUUACGUGGCCAAUCUCACGAAGCGCCGCAAAGCCCUCGAACAGGACCAGAUCCAUCCGAUUGUAGUACACGGUAUCAAGACACUGUACGAUGUUGGUAAAAGGUAUCCGCUCAUGAUCAAGGAACGAGAGCAGCACUCUAAUCUUUUGGAACGUAAACCACAAGCCGCAGUCUCAGAGGCGCUGCAAAUCUCCUUGGAGCAUUCAUUUUCGCAUCACCCAAAGACCGGCGCAUGGUACUACAUUACGCUUGAUCUCCGCAGUGCUCACCAGAAAAAACAUGUGCUGCGGAACUCCGUCGUCACGUGCUUCGAGGCUAGUGUUCUGCUAGCGUUUUCGAUUUUCAAGCGAGAAAAGCACGUGGCGGUGGAAAUGUUUACCGAUGAUGUGAAGACGUUGCAGCCAGUCAAUUUCCGUACGGAAAUGAGUUGGUCCGAGGCGCUGAAUCACUGCAAGCAGUUGCUAGUGGCAAAGACGAAGGUAGCUCUGAGUGCUCCGAUUUCUAAGGCCCAGGCUAAGAAGCAGAAGGUGGACGUAUUCAUCACGAUCACCGAUUCUUUAAUUCGUGUCAAUCCUAAUCGCAUCCCACCUUGGAGGGCCAUGUUGGAUUAUCGCAAAACUAUGCAUUCAAAUUUGUCCAGGUACAUUUGCGUGUCUCUAUGUCAUCAUAAACCAUCACUGAAGUUUGAUGAAAUUGCUAUGAAAGUAGGAGGUAUUCUCGAGGUGAUCGGCUAUUCUCAGAGUACGGUUAAGGUUAUUGAAGCAUUUGCGAAAAAUCUCUUUUUUUAACAUGGGCAUAAAGGUAUGUAUGAGCGUCGUCGUACUUUAAUCCAAUUUUAAUCAAUGUAUGGAAAAUUAAGAUUGACUCUUCUAUGUAGUUGUACAGCACAGAACAAGGAUUAUACAUGAACACCACAUACUUCAAAAUACUUUGAUAAAUGAAAGUAGGAAAUAGCACUUACUCGUGUAUUGCUAUCGGUUGGCUAUCGGAUUUUGUUAGGAUCUGUUAGUGUAGUUGUUUCAGUUUUUGUGCUUCUGAUCGUGUAUGAAAUAUGUUUGUGCCUUUAAUAUAUUAUUUGAAAAAAUCUAAAACAAGAUACAUAAACCAGAUAGUUUCAUACAUAUCCGUUGGCGCAUGCGUAGAAGGUGGUAAAAAUAACAUAUUUGAUAAAUCCAUAGUUGUGAUACUCAAAUCUCUCCAUCCAAUGGAUAAACGAACAUUCGACAGGCACAGGCCAAUUUGUAGUAAGUGGUCAGAAUUGAUUGAAACUGAUAAAGAAGUUUAGUACCAAUGAGUGAAACACGUACUUCACUUCCACACUAUUUUUUCCGACUCAUAGAAGAGAAUCUUUAUUUCAAGUUUCCUCCAGUUUACGUUCAAAUGGCAUUAAUUUGUUUAAGAAGAAUAGAACUAAUGAAAGAAGUAGUACAUUAUAUGUUCGUAUCUUGGUCAAUAAGCCAACUAUUAUAUGCCAUCUUUAAGAGAAUGGUAUAGAUUAAGAUCAGGAUUAUAUAUCGUAUAUUGUACGCUUUGAAUAAUACAAUGUUCGGAUUUAUUAACUCAAGUAUUUCGGCUGAUAUCUAUUCAAAAACAAAAAAAAAUGGUUAAACUUAUACUAGUUACCGAUCCUUCUGAAUUGGUCUAUAUUUAACUUAACGUUAAUGUAUAGAUGUAGUAUGCCUGCUCAACUGUACAAAAAAGUACUUCCAAUUCUAUCCGCUUAGAGUAUUUUCGGGCUUUAUUCACGGUCAGCAUUCAAUGUUUUAAGCGUAAACAUUUUAGCUAUCUAGCGUAACAUGUGGAAAUCUACCUUAUGCAUAUUAUGGGUUUAUUCAAAUCAUGAGUACAUAACGUUAUGUACUCAUGAUUGUUGUACGGUAUGUUAUUUUGUCUUCUUUAAUAGUCGCUUCAUAAGUUUACCUUUCCAUUUUAACAACGAAGCUCACCAAACAUGACAUGAAAUUUAUUUACUGAAAAUUGGAAAAUGUAUUUGAAUAUGGCAUGAGAUGUUAGAAUUAAAUCGAAUUUCAAAUGAUCUAGAAAAAGAAAAAUGCACAAUAUAAACUGGAUCUCUCGUGAUACAACAAAAAAUCCAAUCAGAACAUGAACAAUUAAACAAUAAUUAAAAGAGCUGUGAUCAAUACGACAAAACACAUAUAAUCUCCUCUUUUUGUUUUGAAGCAACGGUAAAUGUUCAACCAAUGACACAUUUAUAGUAUUUCGCUUUAAAAUCAUAAACCAAACAACCAUUUCAGUACGAAUACAAAUGGUUCGCCUUUACAUUACAUGUAUUGAAGACAUUAAUUUUGAACAAAAUUGCUAAUUUGUUCAGAAUUGGUAAUAGAAUCCUAUACUGUACAAGAGCAAUGAAAGAUACCAUUUUUUAACAAAUUGGAAGUGAAAUGAUGUGUGAUAUGCAAAACAGAAGAUACAGAAGCUGUUACUUUUGGAAUCAAAGUAAAUAAACUGGGCUUAACAAAGAGACACGUUGAAAACAAAUACGUUUAAUAACACUCAGCUUGAAAUCAAAUGUUACAUUAUGAAACUGUCGGGAUUGAUUCUCUUAAUGUGGCUACCAAACAUAGGAAAACUAAGUCAUAUUUGUCACUGUACAAAAGUAUUCAAUCCAGGCAAUGCCAACUUGAAAACAUGAAGUAUCUUUUUCCAGUUGAAGGUCAAAAUAUCUUAAUAAUGAAUGUAACACGUAUACGGAUAUUAUAAAAUGAAUAUGCGAGGACUCGAAGUAAAACUAAAUGUUGAAAAAGACUGAGACAGAAAAACAACAAUCCCAAUCAAUUUACUUUCGUGCGUAUAGAGAAGAUGGUUAUUUUUUCAUUCGAUUAUCAAUUCAGUAUAGCUGCUAGUGACAGUUUUCUCGAAAAAAAAAUACUGAACUACGACUUGUUCCUUUCAAUACAAUUGAAAUAAUGCUUUGCAUUUUUACACGGGUAGCAUCAAUCACUAAUUUAUUGACAACGCACACAGGAACCAAAUGAAAUAGAAUAAGUUAGACCUCAUUACUUCCAUUUGCUUUGAAAUGUUUGUUUAAAUAAUGACUUCCCUCCAUCGUUAUCCAAGGGCAUAAUCAGGAUCUAGUAAGCAAUUGUUGUUCAUCUGGCCAAUUUGUUGGGCCUUUAAAAUUACUUAUAAUUUCAAGCCAUAUUUUUGAAAGACUUAUACGUACUGUACCGAUAGGUAAUACAAACUUGAAACAUUACUGAGAGUAAACAAUCAAAAGCAAAAACAGAAAAUUCUAAACUGCCCCAAUUGCACACAUAUUUCGCUUUGGUUUCAAAGUAUAAAUCGUUGCCUGACGGUGUGUGAUCCGCAAACAUGCCAAUAAUUAUGAAAUUAUUACGCUUAUCAUCGAACAUACGGAGUAUGAAAAACAAACGUUUGAGAUCCAUUUGCUUAUUGUUAGCAUUUUUUGUAUGAAUUCUUAUUUCUUAUGGUUCAUCAGUAAUUCUUUCUUGAGAAACUAAUAAGGUAAAAUCAAAUAUCGAAGAAAGUUUUAUGUUGCUAGUUCCACUGACUUGAAGUGCAGUUCAGAUACAAAAGAAAUAGUGUUCAUAUAGUCAGUAUAUUGAGGGUUUGAGUAUCAUUUUUACUUGAGCUCCAUAAACCCAGACAAAUACUUCUGCUUUGUAUUGCUACAAGGCAACUGAAUAAAAAAAUCGUUCAAAAAUAGAUAUUUUUUUACUAAAUAGCGAAGAGAAUAAAAUUUAUAUUGCGGAAUUUGCAAAAAAUACAAAAAAUAGCCAAAAGAGAACAGGACCGUGAACGUAACAAACUGUAAGAUGUGAUCGCUGCAGAACAAUCGGAAUCGAAAUACAAAACAAAAUAUUUUUUGGCUAAAGACAAUGUACAACCAUUUCUAAAUGAAGUUAAUAAAACCAUAUUGGACCAUCGCAAA